UCUAAAUAUAAAUUACACACGUAUUUGUCCGCUAUAGAGAAAGACAGGAUUUUGUCGAGUGUUUCACAAGAAAGAAUUUCUAAUUUGCGUAAGUGUGGUUUUUUCUCGUAGAGUAUCGUCCCGUCGUCCGUGAAGCGGCGCACCUGCUGUUAGGAGCAGUGUCCGCGAACAGAGUAUAACGGAGGCGUCAAAAUGAUAGGAGAGGGCAUAGGGAUCGGAUCAUCGUGAGCUACACAAGAGAUGUCGACAAGAUGACAGCGGCCGUAUGACGCUCGUUUCGUUUGCUCUUUGGCUGCGUAUUUGAUCGGCGUGUACCAGGAAGAAAUAUCGCAUCGCCUAAAACACUAAAACAAACGACUUAUGCCUCGUUACGGUGGCACGUGCAUAUCAGUUGAUUCUCUGCCACGGAACGGGAUCGUAAUCGGGUCUAUUUGGGUGAGAGCGAGAGCCGCAAACGCCGCGCCCGUGCCCGUGCAAUCAGUGCAAUGUACACAUCGGCCUGAAUCUGAAUCGUGCCCGGAACCGUCACCGUUCCCGAGGAGUCCUUCCUUUCAACGGCCUGGAGUGAAGUAAUGAGCGUUUUCGGGGAUUUCCAGCGUGUCUGGGUACAAAGAUUCCCGGACAGCGCCUUGCCGGCGGCCUGGGAAGAGGACGUCAGGGCCAACCUAGUCAAGCAUAAACAGAAGGUGACUGCUCUGCGAGAGGAACUCGAAAAAGAAGAAUUCUAUGUGGAAUAUUUGGAAAGGUUACUAGCCGACGUAGAGCGUCACAAACAAUUGGCUAACAGCAACAUUGUAAUAACUGCUGAGAAGCAGCAGCUCACAGAUUCUCAAAUCCAGCAGACCUGUCAACCGACAGAAAAUAGUCUGUUCGAUGCAACAAACGCGUCUCGUGUGCAACAAACAGAGCAAUUGGCUCCAUCCCUUCCUGUGCGGGAGGAUAUAAGCAAAUUUCAAGACAAAUGUGUUUCCGAAUUGAGCUCUACUCUAAACACGAGCAAGAGACCUAAAAGCGAGAUACCGAGGAGUCCUGACAAAGUGCCUGAGCUCAGAAGAAAUAGCGAUCCCGAUGUGCCAAGUAAUUAUGUAACUGUAAUCGAAGUGACAGGUAGCUCGAAGAAAGAGAAAAAUGAGGAAUCCCUCAAAGAAGAAGACGAGAAAGAUUUGGAAAAUGCGAUUAACGAAGAUGGAGAAGAUGGCGAUGCAGAGGCAUCGGAGGAAGAACCUUACUAUGAUUCCGUAGCAUUAGAUCAAACAGGAGAGUAUGUAUAUAUUGACGCACGUGUCCCACCAGUUGGAAAUAAUAAUGGCAAUAGAGUACCGCCGAGGAGACCGCCUUCUCUUCCAGACUCACCGGGAAACCAGAGCAACUAUGUCAACAUCGAUUAUUUUAUACAGCAUAGGGCAGCAAUGGACAGUGAAGACGAAGAAGGUGCAAGCCCUGCGCCGCCGAUUCUGUUACGCGCACUUAGCACCGAUAACGAAACUGGUAGUAGCGACGCAGAACCUUUGAGUUUGAGCGAAGGCAGCUUAGAGUCGCCCACACCAACGACCCCGCGUCGGCAAGAGAAAAGUAAAGAUCGUGAGGACGAUAGAACGUCUAUGAUUAAAUGUAUUGUAAACUCGGUAGUAGAAAGUGAAACUGUAUAUGUUGAAUGUCUAAACGUGAUGCUACAAUAUAUGAAGGCUAUAAGGGCCACAUUGACCACGUCCCAGCCUGUCAUCUCGGAAGAUGAGUUUGGCACCAUGUUUUAUAAAAUUCCUGAACUGCACGAACAGCAUCAAACAUUUCUGAACGGUCUUAGGAAGAAAUUGGAGAAAUGGGAUUGCAAGACAGCGAUAGGUGAACAGUUUAAAGUAAUGGCCAGCAACAUAGCGUUAUAUGGAGCUUUCUUACACAAUUACGCCCGUGCUACCGAUACUGUACGAAGAUGUUCCGCACAUUCUACUCAAUUCGGUGAAAUUACAAGGGAUAUCAGACUCCGAGGAUUUCCCAAAGGUCCCGGCUUAUCCCUCGAAGAUCUUCUCCAUAAGCCUGUAGCACGAGUGCAGAAGAAUGCAUUGGUAUUGCACGAUCUCUUAAAACAUACACCUGUGAAUCAUGCAGAUCAUGCACCUCUCUCCGAAGCUCUUGCUAUGACUAGAAACUUCCUGGACGAAUUCAACAUUAUCCAGACAAAAUCAAUGUUCCCGAGUCAUGACAGGGCACAACGAAGAUUAGUGAAGAAUUCGUUUGUAGUGGAACUAUCGGAUGGUCAUAGAAAGCUGAGACAUUUAUUCCUAUUCAACGAUGUGAUUGCUUGUGCAAAAUAUAAGGCAUCUGGUAGAGAUAAGUUUACAUUCGAGUUAAAAUGGUAUGUGCCAGUGGCGGAAGCGGUAGUGACAGAAGACGGUGUCGAACCACGCGAGACUAGUCCGGCUAACGUUGUAGCUCUGAGGUCACAGGCAUGUACCGUACGCGAUCAGAUAUUAUGGGAAGAGCGUAACGAUGAAAAACGAAUUAGGCUUGGUGGUAGAGGUUCGGAAAAGAAUAGAAAGAAGCUUGCUGAGCUCGAAGCUCAACUAGUAUUAGCAUCUCCGAAUUUAGUAUUACGCGUCGCGCAUAAAAGUCAGCAUAGAAUGCAAAACUCGUACACGUUCUUUCUGUCCAGUGAAUUCGAACGGUCUCAAUGGGUUGAAGCGGUGGAGGCAUUGCAACAGGUAAUGCGUUCCCAUAUGUACCUAGAUAAGUCAAAGGGUGGGCAACCACCAGGACCGUUGCCUUUGUCGAUGUACGAGUUACAGGCUUGGGUUACAGCCUGCCGUACCUAUCUGCAAACAGAUAUGGGCAGCUAUUUGUUGAGAUCGGGUCGCGACGAAAGUUUAUUACUCGGCGACCUUCACUUGACUCUGCUCGGCCUAACGCCGCCAGGUUUAGACCGAAUAGGAGAUCUCUAUAUAAUUGUAGAAGUCGAUAGUUAUGGGCAUUAUUUUAAGAGAGCAAGAAGUCGUGUUGCAAGGGGUCAGGCUCCAACGUGGGGUGAAACAUUCGUUGUCGAAUUGGAAGGCAGUCAAAAUGUUCGAAUUCUAUUGUACGAAGAAUGUGGAACGCGUUCGGUGUUGCGUGGCAAAUGUAUACAGAGACUAAGCCGAUCUUGGUUGCAGUCGGAUCAAGUGGAAAGGUCGUUGAAUUUGGGACCAGCCACUCUAGACGUGGCCCUUCGUUUCGUUCCAAGCGAAGUCACUUUAAGGCGGGUACCAUCUGCCAAACCUCAAGGCUUGUUCGGAGCUAAAAUCCAACAAGUGUGCAAACGCGAGAAACGAGACGUUCCUUUUAUCAUAACUGCCUGCGUGAGGGAGGUCGAAAGGCGAGGAGUCGGAGAAGUAGGUUUAUACCGUGUCUCCGGUUCCGCGUCCGACUUGACGAAGUUGCGAAAAUCGUUCGAAAGCAAUUCGUACGAAGCGGAGCAGUUGCUUAAAGAGGUGGAUGUCCAUUCGGUGACGGGCGUUCUCAAGCUGUACCUUCGAGAGAUGCCGGAAGCUCUUUUCACGGAUGCUCUUUAUCCAGCUUUUCUGGAAGCUUUCCAAACUGGCGAGUUGUCGAAGGGUAAUGCCUUACGAAGAGUCUACGAGAGUCUGCCGGCUGUGAACAAAGCAGUGAUCGACUUUCUAUUGACUCACUUGAUAAGAGUGAACAAACACGAGGCACAAAACAAGAUGUCCCUGCAUAAUUUGGCGACAGUAUUCGGACCGACGUUGCUCCGACCCGGCACGAACUCACGGUCCGACGCAAAAAGUCGCGACCCGCUGGCCGCGGGUACCGUCGAUGUAAUGGCGCAGGCAGGCAUACUCUACUGUUUCUUGCAAAUGCACAUGCAACAGAACAAUCAGUCGCUCUAGUCGAGAGAGUCUUGUUGACACGUCGUGGCGUCGGUUGCUCGGAGAUUGUCCAACUUGCCACGACUAACGCUCGCUUGCGAUAUACGCAACUUUUUAUAAUAUAUUUUACUAGUUCUCCCGCGGCGUAUCUCGUUUAUACAACGCAUCAACGUAGUAGACAGGCUUUCACGCAAUACACGAAACCCAAACACCGAAGGAAUUUCCGAUGUUAGAAACGCAACGGGAACGUUUCGGACGCGUACGAGUAUCGUAGCAAAGCGGACUCGUGGGCCAUCGCGCAUAUCGGUUCUCCGAGCUCCAUAAUAUAUUUUAUACUCGCGUAUUCCUACGAAGUCUUGGCUAACAAGAAGCCCGUAGCUGGUCUCCGACCGAGGUGCAAAAUUUUCGGGGACGUACUCUUCGAUCAUUGGCGAUACAUCGAACAAGGAGAAUCUUUGGUUAAAGUAUUUUCCCUGUAUCCGUCGUACCCUGUACCAGAUAAAAGGGAUGCCUGGUAAGAGAUAAAGAAGGGAUAUACCGUGGUCACGCAUGAAACAUUCGCAGAGAUACGUUUGACGAAAAAAGAAGGAAAAUUUAUUUCUCCGAUUCGGAGAAAUAGCUGGGAAUCCGGUUCGCUAUCGUAUUCACGCUUUAGGACAUAAGUGUUUUUUCCAAUGGGGCGUGUUCCUAACAGAGAGUCUAAAUUUUUUUACGCAACAACAACGUGACAUACCUCCUCUAGCUACAUACGUUCACGAGAAUGUCCACUUGUUCGCGAGUGAAUCACGUUCCUAAGUAUUCCUAUCGAACAACUUUUGGAGAUCACGUUCCUUCGUACCUAUAUGCAAAUCGAAGUUUCGUAACGACGCGAUACACACAUACGUAUACCGGUUAUAUUGAUUUUGUCGAGAAAUUCGCGUUCCGCGAGCCGUUUGAUUCUUUACAGAAAUAUUUUUAAAGAAGUACGAGCUCUCGCGGAACUUUUUCAAAGAGUAUCGACACGAGCAGCGAGACAUGUUUACGUUUAAGCUGUAAUUAGACUGUCGCGCGUUAGUCUUUUUUUUCAUUUUUAUUCGUUCGUAAAUGACAGCCUUGUUUCCGUUUCCAGACGCGGUGCACCAUUAUCAUCGACCAUUAAUUAUCAAAAAGAUCGUUUUACAACCGUUUCUUUUUACACGUGCCCGAUAACGUCCAAAUCUCGUCGCAUAUCUCGUCUUCAAGUCUGAAUACAGCUUAAUAAUAGAGCACCAAAGAGAAAACAUUUUCUCGCAUAUAUCUAACAAAGUAUCACGAUUGACCCUUUGAAGCAUCGUAAGCUACAUUCGCAUUCUAUUAUCCACUGCAUGUCCAUUUUACAAUAUAUAGUUGUAUUUUUGUAUUAUCGUAUAUCACGAUCCAAUCACGCGCGUUCGUAAUUUUAUUGAAUUCUGAAAAUCACUGUCUACGAAAUCUACACUCCAUGCUUCGGAGGGUUGAAGCGAUGGAAAGCACAUUUGGCAGUACAAAUUUGAUACUCUAUGUAAAGGUGUACCUCCUCCUGUUACAUGGUAACACGUUUGCGAACUAUUUUAUAAUCGAAGCGACAAAGACGAAUGAAAAAAGAAUCGAGCCUGACAGGUGUUCGAUAAAAUCGUGCAUAUAUUAUUAUUAUUAUCAUCAUCAUCAUCAUCAUCAUCAUCAUCAUCAUCAUCGCUAUUGUCAUUAUCAUCGUCGUCACCACCACCACCAUGAUUAUUAUUAUUAUUAUUAUUAUUAUUAUUAUUAUUAUUAUUAUUACUAUUAUUACCAUUAUACAAAACAGGCAAAGAGAAUAGGAUGGAAAAUAACAUUGAAAUACUUUUCCGGAUACGACCACUGUGCUUGUGCGAAGGCAACUACGGUAUGUGUGGUUUUAGCGUGUACGCGUGUAUAUGUGUAAUCUGCCCAUGUGUAUUAUAUCGUAAAUAUUGGAUAUCUUUAAUUUUUAUAUCGCAUUUUAGGGUAAUACGCGUCCUUCUAUUGUACAUUCAACGAAAACGUGUAAAGAUAAUAAUUACCGCAGCAACUAUUAUCAUUUUGAUUAUUUCAUGAUGCGCGAAUAGCAUUUGGAAGAUCGUUUGGUAACACAGCAUCCGAUCGUCGAGCUGCUACCAUUCCGGCUGUAGGACGAUACGUGCUACCAAAAACUCUACGGAUCCUUCGAACUACACCGGCCUAUUCGAAGGUUUUCAAACUCUUACAUCGCAAAACUAUUCGUUACCACAAUUCAGAAUACGUUUCUUUAUUCUAUUAAUUUGUAUAAAUAAAUUUUAAACCGGAGCACGUUAUAUAUCGUAAUCGUAA